UUCUCUGUCUCACAUACAGCUCCCUCUCGCCCCGCACCUAAUCCAAACCCCUCCUUUCGUGGAAUCCGACCAGAUCCGAAGAUCAUGGGAACCGAGAUAUCGGAGCCGUUGAUUGUCGACAAGAAAGACAUCGACGGCGGCGGAGUCGAGUUGGAGCGGAUUCCGGAAUGGAAAGAGCAGAUAACGAUCAGAGGACUCGCCGUGAGCGCCUUGUUAGGGGCUCUCUUUUGCAUCAUCACACACAAGCUGAAUCUAACAGUGGGGAUUAUUCCGUCGUUGAACGUCGGCGCUGGAUUGCUCGGAUUCUUCUUCGUGAAAUCGUGGACCGGUUUUUUGACUAAGUUAGGGUUUCAAGUUUCGCCUUUUACCAAACAAGAAAACACCGUCAUUCAAACUUGCGUCGUCGCUUGUUACGGCCUCGCGUUUAGCGGGGGAUUUGGAACUUAUAUGAUUGCAAUGGAUGAGAGAACAUAUCAACUUAUCGGUGCUGAUUACCCUGGAAACCGAGCGGAAGAUAUUAAGAAUCCGGGGUUAGGCUGGAUGACUGGUUUUCUCUUUGUUGUCAGCUUUCUUGGACUGUUUAGUCUUGUUCCACUACGUAAGGUCAUGGUCAUGGAUUACAAACUUACAUAUCCGAGUGGGACAGCCACGGCAAUGUUGAUAAAUAGUUUUCACACCAACACUGGAGCUGAGCUUGCAGGGAAGCAAGUCAAGUGUCUUGGAAAAUAUCUGAGCAUAAGUUUAGUUUGGAGCUGCUUCAAGUGGUUUUUCAGUGGCAUUGGAGAUUCUUGUGGUUUUGAUAAUUUUCCCAGCUUUGGGUUAACACUGUUCAAAAACACGUUCUAUUUUGAUUUUAGUCCAACCUAUGUUGGUUGUGGUCUUAUUUGCCCUCACAUAGUAAACUGCUCAGUUCUUCUCGGGGCUAUCAUAUCGUGGGGUUUUCUGUGGCCCUUCAUUUCUGCACAUGCUGGGGACUGGUACCCUUCUGGCCUGGAGAGCAAUGAUUUUAAAGGUCUGUACGGGUAUAAGGUCUUCAUAGCUAUUGCUCUUAUCCUUGGGGAUGGUCUUUACAACCUGAUUAAGAUAGUAUACAUAACUGUGAAGGAAAUAUACAACAAAAGCACCAAACAAAGCAAACUUCCCAUUGUUAAUGAGGUUAUAGAUGGUGAGAGUUCUAAAGGACUAGCAGAGCAGAGAAAAAGAGAUGAGGUAUUUCUUAAAGACAGGAUACCUACUUGGUUUGCUGCUUCUGGAUAUGUGGCCUUGGCUGCUAUAUCAACAGCUACUAUUCCUAUCAUCUUUCCACCCCUGAAGUGGUAUCUGGUUCUCAUUUCAUACAUUAUUGCUCCCGCCCUUGCCUUCUGCAACUCUUAUGGAGCUGGACUUACGGACUGGAGCCUGACAUCCACUUAUGGGAAGAUUGGUCUUUUCAUUAUAGCAUCAUUAGUUGGAAACAAUGGUGGAGUCAUAGCCGGUUUGGCAGCCUGUGGGGUUAUGAUGUCCAUUGUCUCCACUGCAGCUGAUCUAAUGCAAGAUUUAAAGACUGGUUACCUCACUCUAUCAUCAGCCAAGUCUAUGUUUGUGAGCCAGAUAGUGGGAACAGCCAUGGGCUGUGUCAUUGCUCCACUCACAUUCUGGUUGUUUUGGACUGCUUUUGACAUUGGGUCACCUGAUGGUCCAUACAAAGCACCUUAUGCUGUGAUAUUCAGGGAAAUGGCCAUUCUUGGUAUUGAGGGCUUCUCAGAGCUGCCCAAGCAUUGUCUAGCUUUAUGUUGUGGAUUCUUUGUGGGUGCCUUGGUCGUAAACCUCUUAAGGGAUGUGACUCCCAAGAAAGUUUCGCAGUUUAUUCCUAUUCCAAUGGCUAUGGCAAUUCCAUUCUAUAUUGGAGCUUACUUUGCUGUUGACAUGUUUGUUGGAACAGUAAUAUUGUAUAUAUGGGAACGAAUUAACCGGAGGGAUGCAGACGAUUAUGCAGGGGCAGUUGCUUCAGGUUUAAUUUGCGGUGAUGGUAUAUGGACCAUACCGUCAGCCAUUCUCUCCAUCUUCAGGAUCGAUCCACCUAUCUGCAUGUACUUUGGGCCUUCUCUGAGUAGUUGAUCUGGAAAGCCAGUGGUUGUGUUGUAACUGUAUGAAGUGUAUUGUAACUGUAAGGUUUAUUGGAUUCUGUAUAUAUGUAUGUUAUUACAAAUUCCAAACAUGGAUUUUAAGACAACAAUCUCCGUCAGUUAAUUGUUCUGAAAUAUUUCUUUUAUAAAUCUAAAAGCUGUGUCUCAAGAGAAAUCUCUCUCUCA